AUUUAAAACAGAGUGGCAAUUGGAGCAAUACCUGCAGACACGUAUUUAUUUAUAUUAGAUGUUUUUUAUAUAAAUUGCACUCUGUCUUAAUUAAGUAAACAACGCAGUAAACAACAAGCGCAGCAGCUGUCUAACAAUGUUUGCCAAUCUGAAAAAUAAACUCAUCGAGGAGGUGAAAGCAUCGCCGUCCAAAUUCCAACAAUUUGCCAAUGCAGCCCAGGCCGCCGUGAGCUCAUCGUCCAGCACAACAACACCAAACAGCUCGGAGAAUACCGACACCGGCACCAAUGAGAAUUUCUUCAGCAUCACAGAAGAGGACACGCCUCAAAACUCGCCUUACCGCCUACAGAAGCUGCCGCGCUACGGACGUGCUUCGACCCAGUCUCUGAAUGGCAUGGGCGGCAGCGGCGCCAUACCGCGCACCCGCAAGCUAUCCAACUCGUCCAUGGCAAGCGAUGUUUCGUUCCGCUUGCCCACCUAUGAUGCGCCACCGACGUAUCACUUGCAAUCGGAUUUGGAUGAGACGAGCAGCGAAUUUGAUGACUCUGCAUCGACGGCACGCCUGGAUGUCAUCACUAAAGAUCAGCUAUACGAUGCUUACAAGAAGUCGCUCGACCGCUAUCAUAAAUACCGCUGCCGCUACGCGGAUCUGGCCAAGAAAUACAAGGAACUGGAGCGAGAUAGCAGCAAGGCGAGGUCAGUGCUCGUGGAGACGCAGGAUAAGGCGCUGCGCCGAAUCAGCGAGUUGCGUGAACAAUGCACCCUGGAGCAGCAGGCGAAGGCACAUCUGGAGGAAGCUUUGCGCAUCGAAAUGGAUGACAUGAGCUGCAAGAUGCAGGCCUACCAAACCAAGCUAAAGCUACUAGGCGAGAAUCCGGAUACCGUGACCGCCGCACUGGAGCGUAGCCAAGCGGACAAGCUGAUCGAUCUUGAGGAGCCAAUAAUAAUUCCUGAGUCAGCGCCAACUGCAAAUGGCAGUCAACCCGCACAGGAGCUUGACGAAGAACUGGCGAAGCUUAGGCAAUCGCUGGCCGAGCAUGAGACACAGUUAAAGCAGCUGAGCAAAAGCAAUGAUGAGGCCAACAGCACAAUUGCUGCUCUGCGCAAACAGGAGGAGGAGAAUGUGCUGUUGCUGGCACAGACCAAACAAGCUAUACACACGGAGUUGGAACAUAAGGAAACCGAAGUGCGCCAGCUGCAAGAUAAGGUUAAACAGCUAGAAAUUGAAUUGGACACGGCCAAUGGCAGGGAAACGCAGUCAGUUGACAUCAAGGAGCAACUUAAGAAACUGCAAAGCGCCAAACAGGAAGUGGACGCUAAACUCAUUGCAACGGAGCAUGUGCUAAGCACACUGAGAGUGGAGCACGCGGAAAAGGAGCAACAGCAAAAGAAAAUAGAGUCCGAGUUGGCCAGCAAAGAGAAGGAGCUGCAGCAGUUGCAGGAGCAGUUGAAGCAGCAAGAAGCCGAGCUGGCGCAUGCCACCAGUCGUGAAUCGCAGGCAAAGGACAUCAAGGAACAGCUGAAGGCGCUGCAGAAUGCCAAACAAGAAGCAGAAGCGAAACUUGCUGCAACAGAACUGGAAUUAAAUGCUCUCAAAAAUGACCAACAAGCAGAGCAACAGCAAGUGUCAUCGCAGCUCAUGAAAACAAAAGCUGAGCUGGAGCAAAGAGAAAGCAAAUUGCAGCAGUUGGAGGAGCAGUUAAAGCAGCAAGAAGCCGAGUUGCAAAUGGCAAACAGUCGGGAGACGCAAGCCGAAGCUGUGAAAGAACAAUUAAUGCAGCUGCAAAAUGCCAAACAGGCAGCGGAGGCUCAGCUGCUUACAACGGAGCAGUUGUUAAAUACACUGAGAUUAGAGCACACGGAAAAGGAACAACUGGCAGCGGCGCAGGAAAAGCAGCUGCAGUCAAAGCUGGAGCAUAACGAGAAUGAAGUGCGCCAAUUGCAGGAGCAGCUUACAAAACUAAAAGCUGAGCUUGAAAUAGCCAAUUCUCAAGAUGAGCUUAAGGAGCAGCUGGCCAAUGCCCAACAGGCAGCAGAUGCCCAGCUGCUGGCCAUGGAACAACAGCUGAAUACACUGAAAAACGAGCAGGCGGCAAAGGAGCAACAGGUGGAUGCGCUGCAGGAGCAACUGCGCACACUGAAAACGGACAGCGAGCAGAGUUUGCAGGACUUGCGCCUGCAUAACACUCAGCUAAGUGAAAUUGUACAGCGCUAUCAGCAAAAUGAGUCGAGCUUGGAUGAGCUGCAGAGUCAGCUAGAAGACGCCCGAGUACGACUGAUGGAGCAAGAGCAGCGUGUGCUUGAAACUGAAAAGAGCCUGGAAGUCGAACAGGAAAUGGUUGCCGCACUCAGCGUCGAAAAAUCAGCAGCUGAGGAACAGACGCUCAAGCUGCAGCGUGAGGUGCAAGCCCUGAGCGAUCAAUACGCCAGCAGCAAUAAGAAUGAGUCGGAGGCGACGGCAGCCUUGAGGCUGCAGAUCGAAGCGCUCAACGAACAGCUGACUGCUGCUCAGGCCGGCACACUGGCCAAGGAGAAGGAGCUAAAGGCGGUCGCCAACAAACUAAACAAGCUGAAAAAGCAACACGAGCAGCUGCAGGCAAAGCAUAGCGAGCAAGGCACCAGUCUGGAGCAGCUCAAGGCUGAGGCGGCGAACGCUGAACAGCUGCGGCGCGAGAAGCAAGAGCUGCAGGAACGCGUCAAUGUCAUACUCGAGGAGAUCACAACCAUGCAGACCCAUGUGCAGGAAGUGCAGGCUGCACAGACGCAACUCGAGAGCGAAAAGCAGCAACUGGAAACACACAUUGAGGCACUGCAGCAGCAGCAGCAGGACCGCGAUACGCAGGGUGAGCAGUCGUCGGCUAGGCUUGAGGAGAUUGAGCGUGAGAAUAGCAAACUGGCCGAGCACAACUGUCUGCUGCAGGAGCAAAACAAUCACUUGCAGAAACAGCAGGACGAGCUCAACAGGUUGCAGAACAAAUUGCAGCAGGUGCUCGAUGAGCAUUCCAAGCUGCAAAAUGCGCAGGAGAUUAUGGAGCAUGAUCAUCGCACGCUGCAGGACAAAUGCGAUGCCUAUGAAAAGGAAAAUCUCAACGCAAAGGAUGAGCUUAAAUGCCUGCAGCAAGAAAAGGAUGCCUUGGAGUCGCAAAGAAAUAGCUUGCAGCUGGACUUGGAUCAAGCACAGCAGCAGCUGUCGGAGAUGCGCGAGCGACAACGCGAACUGGAGCAGCACCUGGCAGAGCAGACGCAACGCUGCUCUGAGCUGGAGGCCAGCAAUGAGCAGGUGGCCACCCUGCAGGCAACCGUCCACAAUUUACGUGAGCAGCUGGACUCAUUCAAAGAGACCGAACAGGCCAUGCUCGAAAAAGCUCAGGCUGCCAGCGUUAACCAUGCAGCGCAGCUGGAAACACUGGAGGCACGCUGGAGUGCCGCCAAUGGGGAUGUGCAGCGACUGCACGAGGCGAACGAUGCACUGCAGCGAGAAAUCGAGACACUGAAGAACUCUACGCAUGAGAAGUCCGCAUACGAACAGCUACAAAUUGAAAACGAAUACCUAAACAAGCACACCAAACAACUGGAAAUGGAACUAUCGCAGGCAUUGACCUCGCACGGCGACAGCGGCGUGAAACUGAAGUCGCUGCAGUGUGAGCUGUACGUGCUGCAGGAGCAGGUCUUGCAGCAUGCCAGCCAGCUUGCCGAGAAGGACUCUGACGCGACCGCAGCCAAGGCGGAGGCGGCGCAACUAAAGUCGGCGCUGGAGGAGCAAACACUAGAGUUGACUCGCCAGGCGGAGCAUGCCAGAUUUGUCAGCGAUCAAAACGAUACGGUGCAAAAGGAGCUGUUGCAGUCACAGCAACAGCUACAGGAACGUCAAGCUGAGCUGUCGAAAGCGCAAGAGCGCUGUCUCAGCCUUGAGGAACAACUGAACAAGCAGCAAAGUGAGCAGGAUAAGGAACAGGCGCAGCCAGCAGCAGCACUGUCCAACGAUUCCGAGCAUUUGCGCAGUCUCAACGAACAGCUGCAACGCGAGCUGGAGGAUCUGAAGCAUAAAAGCAAUGGGCAGCAGACAAAUCUGCAGCAGGAAAUCGAUGAGUUGCAGGCCAACAACAAAGAAAUGACGGAACGCAUCACGGAACUGGAAACGUUACGUGCCGGCAUACAGGCACAACAGCUGCUGGCCAGCCUGGCGCCGAAAAGCGUCCAGCAGGCAGCUGCCAACGAUGAAAAGGCCCAGCUGGAGUCAAAACUGAAAGACAUAAUGAACGAGGUGCAGGAUGUGACCAAUCGAAACCUGUUUCUCGAACAAAAGUGCGAAAACUUUCUCAUACUUGAGCAAUCCAAUGAACGUCUGAAGCUGCAAAACGCAAAACUAUCGCGGCAAUUGGAUGAAACACUGGUAUCCAUGCAGCAUAGCGACAGCGUGCCAGCUAACACGGAAUUCGAGUAUCUGCGCAACAUCAUGUUCCAGUAUUUGACUGGCAAUACAAACAACGAAACUCUGGUUAAAGUCAUAUCGGCAGUGCUAAAAUUUUCGCCCCAGCAGGCACAGGUUGCCCUCGAAAAGGAGCACCAGCGGCGCUCAUUACUAAACAAACUGAUCUAGCAAGAACUGUUGGUACUCUACGGAAGCAGCAGCAGCUGGUGGCAGCCGUGCAAUGAAACGCUUCUAGACUACUAAAAAUCAGAGCUGAACCGUUUAGCCCAAGUUCACAAGUACCUUACCUCAACUUAGCCACAAGUUGUUGCUCACCGCUGCAUAAAGGCAUUUCGACUUGAGGGCGUUGUUAAUAAUACUUAUAUAUCAUACUGCAAUAUAUAUGGACAUACUUACAUAUGUGUAGCCCAUUGUACAGUCGGGAAACUAUAGCAAAAAUAACCGCUCUAUUUUGUACAUUUGACAACUAUGCUAAAAUUUCUGUGCUGCUCAUUUAACACCAACUCCACGCUUUUUCCAUUUAACGUGCAAUCAUUUCUACAUUUAAUGUGUGUAUUCCUUGCUAAUUCGAUGUUCAUUUUAGCUGUAAGUGAAAAAUUGUAAAGAUAUCAAUUGCAGUUAGCAUUUAGUUUAAUUCAAAAUAAUAUAUAUAAAUAUAUACAUAAAUAAAUAGUUACAAUUCAUACAA